AUGGCGGAAGAUUCUGGGGAGAAUUCACUAACACUGGGUAGUUUUUUUGGGAACACAGAGCUUCAGGUUUCGUGUGCUCAUGAAUCGUUAGUGAAAUUACCUCAUUCACAAGAACUUGUAGCUAAAACAGAAACUGUCUCGAGAGAAGCUGCUUUUGUUGAAACUGAAUCAAUUCAUCGUACGUCCACAGAUGUACCUUUUGUUGACACCGAGGCUUUGAAGAUUUUAGAAAACAAAGCUACUGAAGUAGACAGAAAUUUGCAACGAAUGAUGGGCAAUAUAACCAGAAAUCUGAACGGCAUUUCCACUACAAGCGUCCAAUAUGCAGAGUGUUAUCGAGAUUGUGUUAAAAAUGUUGGAAAUGCUAGUGACAAUGCAACAAAAGCUAUGGGUAAAUUAAUAGGAAAGUGUGAAGAAAUGAACAAAAACAUGGAACCACUUUAUAAUAUGGCUGAGCAAGUUAAAAUGAUCAUUGUUCUACUUGAUCAAUUUGAAGAGAAGUGUAAAUAGGAGACAAUUUUAUUAAUUUUCUUCAGUAUAAUUGAUAAUAAUUUAAUUUAUUCUACAGUUUAAAUUUA